GUCGGAAGCGGAAGUGGUAAAAACGACUUGCGUUAAAGAUUGUGGAUAAAGUGAGAGGUUUUUUUUAUAAAUAUAUUUGUCAUUAUUUAUGUGUUAAAACAUCAUGCUGCAGUAAUUUGAUAAUAUCUCGUGAAAUUUGUCAUGGAAUCAAGCUCUAGGAAGUCGCAGUUUCGGUUGAAUGAGGGAGAUUGGAUAUGCACUGACCCACAGUGUGGAAACGUGAACUUUGCCCGUAGAGAUACAUGCAACAGAUGUAACAAAGAGAAGGGGGACAGUGCCAAGAAGAAGAAGUUGGGGCAGGAGAUAGGGAAGGCGGCGGCGGAAAAGAGCCGUGGCUUGUUCAGUGCAGACGACUGGCAGUGCAACAAGUGCGGGAAUGUGAACUGGGCCCGGCGGCAGUCGUGCAACAUGUGCAACGCCCCUCGCUUUGGUGAGGUGGAGGAGCGCACUGGGUACGGCGGUGGUUACAACGAUCGCGGAGUCGUGGAAUACAUCGAACGGCAGGAUUCUGACGACGAUUAUGACGAGUUUGGCCGCAGAAAGAAGAAAAGGAGGAGUGACAGUGGGUCGCAGCAUGGCUCCCAGCACGAGAAGGAGAACAAUGGAAGUGACCGUGCCGAGGAGGAUGAAGAGGAUGAUGAUGAUGACGUGGAUUUGUCAAAGUAUGACCUGAGUGGCUGGGGCGACGACGACACGGACCAGAAGAAGAGCAGCCCGUCGUCCAGCAAGGACAGGCGGGCGGCCAGGCGGCGGUCCCGCUCCAGCUCUGCUUCCCCGCCCAGGUCUCGCUCCCGCUCCCCCAGGAACAACAAGUACAACAGGUCUCGGUCAAGGUUUCAAUUUUCAUGGAGGGAACGCGAGGUUGAAAAUGAAAUGACGUGUAAAACUCAAAGCCUCUGGUGCUUUAAGGAGGUAGUGAAGUGAGGCACUUCCCGACGGGCAACAUGCCUGAUGUUGAUCAUUACUCCCUAAAGCGUACGUUGCGCGUCGAUGGGUCUGACAACUGAACUGCCUCCCGCAGCAACCAACGAGCUCAAGUGAACUCUCUUCUCUAGUUGUAGCUUUGUUCUGGUAGGUCGCUGUUUUCUCCGAUUGUGAAGAUCGUGCGACGAAAGUAAAUUUGGAAGAGUGUUGACGGCAAAACUAUUUCUGUUGAAUGAGUGUAUCUCUUUCCAGCGUAUCUGAAAAAGGAAGAAUUUGUCAAGUGCGUGGGUGUUUUUGGCCAAGCAUAUCUGUUCAACAUUUCUAGUUUAUGUCCAGAGAUUUACUAUUUCAUUUUAACCCAUUUUAAUAGGUGUUAUUUUGCCAUUUUUUCCCCAAUGUUGGGCAUAUUCAUAGGUUAUAGCACUUUUUAUAAACAGUAUACAUAUACACGUUUACAAAAUGUUUGCAAUAGAGUAAUUGUUAAUAGUGCACUGUUCAUAUUAUGUAGUUGUUUAUUUGAGAUUUAGAAUUUCAGGAUUGUCCAAUUGUUUGUGUAUAUUAAAUAAACUCUUUGGUGGUUAGAUCAUGUUUUAGUGUUAUGGCUUGAGUGUAUUUGUUAAUACACAGGAUUUAUAAUUGAAUCAUAGUUGUUAGUGAACUUUUCAACAUUUCUCUGUAACCAUGUUACAUUUUAACUGGGUUGAUUAAUGAUUAUUAGACUUGAGCCUUAAUGCCAGCAUAACUAAUCAUUAAAUAACUAUAGGUAUGGAGGUUAAUAGGUACUCAUAGGUACUGUUCUAAAUUCCCAAAAACUUAAAACAUGGGAUAUAUUAUUAGUGCAUGGCUGGUGAUGUGAUUUUCCAAUUCCAUAGAGUUCAGUUGUGUGUGGAUAUACUUUACAGGUACGUGCUAGUCCUUGUGUAAAUGCAUAUAUGUGUGUGCAGAUUCUGGUAAACAGGAAUGAAUUUCAGGUACUUAAUCAAUUUAGUGCUGGGAGGGCCAUUGUAAUGUAAUUCCCAAUCACUUCAGUGUAAAAUAAUUGUAAAUGAAAUUAUAUUUUGGUGAGUAGUUUCUUUUUCGACAAGUGUGUGGACUCUAUUAAGCAUCACCUUGAAGAAAAUAAAUUUUGGUAUUGUUUAGAGAUUUUUGGGUUUUAAUAGAACAAAUAAAUCCACAUAGUUAAAACUAGUACAUUUAAGCCACACUGUUGUGUAACUGAAAAUGCUAGGCUCUGAAAAACAUGCUGGAAACUAAAAAUUCGUUCUUGGUAAAUUUCACUGAUAAUGAAGUGCUAAGGGUGUAACAAGUCAGUUAACAAACAUCAUGUUGACAUCAUUUAUUGUUCAUGUUUUUGCACAUUUUAAGACAACUUCAGCCCUUGAUGUGAAAGAUAAAAAUCAGAUCUAUCUUAAUUGCAUGUUUUCUCCCCCAUGAUUAGAUGGUGUCUCGAAACACAAGAAAUGCAAUAACGCAAGUAACAAGUUUAUUUGCAACAUGAACAACAUGAAAACACAUGAAGUUGCUAUACCGUGGUUUGGUGUUUACACAUCACUGGCGGGUACUGAAAGACUUACAUUUUAUUUUUAGUUCUCAUAAUCCCAGCAGCUCAUUUCUUUAAUGGCAAAGUAUGUUCUGAUGACCAUGUUAGUAAGGGCAGUUUUAUUGUGAGAUCACAUUUUGUUAUUGACAGUGAUGUAUCAAGACUAUUCAGCUCACUCAUAAUUUUUGUGUGUCCUGGCCCCUUUUGGGUUAUUUGCCUCACAAUUCUUUGAAUAUAAUUUUCCUUUAAAUAAGUUGAGCUGAAUAUUUACUCUGUGUUAACUCUUAGCUAAUUUUAUAUCACUGUACGAGGUCAGCUUGUGAUAGGCUGAAUGUGUCCCAUGAGCAUACUCAUUAUUUUACACUGACAUAAAUUGGUACAAGCAGUAUCACUGAACUAUAUCAGAAAUUGUUUUUGUGGGUGAUUUCAAAUAGACUGGAAGUUCAUUUCUGUUUAUUAUUGUGUAUUGUGUAAUGAAGUUGCUGAAUUAAUGAAGUCCAACAACUGUUGGAAAAUGAUUUUUCAGUUGCAGUCAAUGUUUGUAGGAGUUAAUUAAUUAUUAUUAUUAUUAUUAUUUUUAUUUUAAACAUUCAUGUACAGGAAAAAUGUGUGCUACUAGCUAGAAACAUCACAGCACAGAAGUCACUAUUAAUUCAUGACAAUGACAUAAAUCCAUUUGAAUUUAAAUUAUUGACAUUGUAUGUACAUAUUACAUAAAAAUGUCAGUGUAUGGUAAUAUUUAUACUUAAACUGAAAAAAUCUGCAUUAUAGUACUUGAUUUUACAAGUAAGAACAUAACCUUUUGUUCAUAAAAGGAGGUUCAUUCCUGAAAGAAAAAAAAACCCCUUGAGCUUUAGGCCUAGUAGUCAACUUCACAAAAUCUCCAUACUUGAUGCACGUAUUUAGUUUUUUUUCCUGGGCUUUGAUAACCUGUGAACUCAGUUGUUAAAUUUAUUAUAGCGUUUAUCGGUAAGAUAUUUAUUUGCUGAUGAUUCAGAAACUUCUAAAACAAUACUUUUCUGUGCAUUAUGCCGGACCACACCCGGCCCAAGCUCUGUAAUCAGUCAUGCCAUUUCAUAGGUGAGAAUUCUGUUGGUUAUAGAAAUACAUUACGUACUUAACACGAAAGAAGUAAAUACCUUGUUUCAUUUUAGUGUGUUAAGUCGCCAAAUAAACCUAUGGUCGAUUAGUACAGUCUGCGUGAAACGUUCCAGGCAGAGCUAUGGCGUUGAUAAACUAAGAGAAAAAGUUUAACAUUUGCAGUUUGUAUGUCUUUUCUGGGACACAAAAUUGUGUAACAAUAUAUUCCUCAUAUCUGCCGGUAGCUGGUUUCCUGCCUCGUCAUUGUUAACAUUUUUAGAUUGCACUCUGGUAAGUCUAUGCAGAUGUGCAUUGGGAUCUACACAUGGCGUAGUGAAAAGUGGUUCCACAUUCUUUCUUGACUUCUUUGAGUAGAGGAAGAUGAUAAGCAAAAUUGAUGUUUUGAUAGUGGUUGUUUGCAAGGUCUGUACAAUUAAAUUGUAAAGAAUCCUCCACAAAACCUACCUACGUGGCAUACACGUGUGGUCGCUUGCAACAAUGCGGUUCCAGUCAUUAAACAGUGUGCAGCAUUAGUUAUUUACUCCAAUUAAGAUUUGGAUAAUAAAGGUCAGUGAUUAUACGUAACAGCCUUUUGACAUAUGGAGUGGUGAUUGGGCACGUCUAUUUCGUGAGACAGUAUUUAUGAAAUGAACAUAAUGGUGACAUUUGCACUUUGAUGCCAAAAAACAAAAAGAUGGGUAUCAGGCCUAAUUGAACCAAAGUGUUGCUUUUGUGAUUUUAAAGUAUAUUCAAACAAAACCAGAAAAAUACAAAAAAGAGAGUGCGUUAUACGUAUGACUGUCUACAUUUGCGUUGCUAGUCUAGUCUAUACAAAUAACUUUAUAGGAAGUAACAGUUUCGUAUUGUUUUUGGCAGUUCUGGCCAUCAAAUUUUGAACAUCUUUAAUGUGUUGUAAAUAUUAUUGCACUUUUUUUCCAUGUGUUAUAGGUUAUAGGUUUAUAGGUUUAUAAGUGUUUUAUUUGUAUGUUAUCAAUCAACAAUACUGACAGCAUAUAAAAGUUCCAAUUACUGAGUUUAUCUUGUAAACCUUGGGUUAUAUUCAUUUUGUGUUGAUUUGUCAUACCAAGUUUUUGGUAAAAAUUGGGUUUGCGAAUUAAAGAUGUAAUUUUAACAUAAAUUCUUGAUUUUGAAUGCACAUGUCAUUCGGUUCUUGUUCUGAUUUCAAGGUUGAUGUUUCUAAUGUUUUAGGAGUUUCAUAUUGUUUUCAUGACAAUGGCUGUGCUGUCAUUAUCUUCCUUGAUAUGAAAUAAAUUAUAUUUGAAAGUUGUGCUAGGCUGCUCUAAUAAGGUUUGAUUCAUUGUGGUCCUAAUGAUGUGGCAUUUGUGUGAAUAACUGUAAGACUGUUUAUGAGGCAUUGAUGUAAAUAUUUGUUUAGUCUUGCAUUGUACAUGCCCAAAUGGUUGAGGUUGUUUGUUACAUCUUCAUGUAAUUAAUAUAUUUUGAUCAUUGGUGACUUCAGUUACAUAAAAACAAAAGGUUAGUGCACAUUUUGUUAUAUACCUGUAAAUAUAAAUUUUGAAAACAAAUUAAAUGUGGUGUUGAAUGCCAAACAUAAUUUUAAUGUAGUACUGUCUGUAUAGAAAAUGCAUUGCACUUCAAAUUAUGCCCCAGUAAUACCCUCUUUUAUCGUAUAAUCGUCGCUCGCGCGUAAUCGUCACCCAUAUUUUAGGCCGUCAAAAUUGGGAUAAAAAAACUUCUCACGUAAACUCGCAUGAUGUUUUUGGUCCCGCUAGUAGAUGCCGAGCGCUUUGUGUAGGUAUCUUUUCCGUAUAAAAUGAUGUAUUUUAAAGUAGAAAUCUAAAAUUUAAUUUCGGUCAUUACCACUUAUUUAUUUAAUUAACGGAAAUACGAAGUUGUCUAACGUGUAUAUUUUCUUUUAAAGACGUUUUUAAGCGUUAUUUCCUUUAUCUGCAUUGCCGUGGCGUACCGCUUAUAAAAAUGUAGCCAGUGCAUCAUUCAUGUUUGGUUAUGUUGGUUCCUGUAUAGAGCGCGCGCACGUAGUCGAAUAUUGAUAUCUCGCCGAUUGGAUGCAAUGCACGCUCUCUGUCAGGUGCCGAGUUAACUACAUUUGAUAGCCUACAUUCUUUCGUGGCAAGUGUGUACUACGACACGUUAGUUCAUGUCAGAUUCAAGUGGCUUGCGUUUGCGUUAGAGUUUUGGUUUUUCUAUUUAAAGUUGAAGAAAGGUUUUUGUUUAAUGAAUUAUUAUUAAUAUAGAUUGUGUGGUGUGCUCUUGUAUACUCCCACCUUUUUUUAAAUAAACUUACUUUCCAUGAA